AUGAAGGGGUGUAACUCGAAAACCCUUCCCAUGUUUAUACUUGUGCUUGUGAUGGCCGGUUUUGUGCCUGUAACCAAGGCACAUCUGUGCAAGAGCACAUUUUUCUCUGCACUUCUCCAUCUCAUACCUUGCCGGGCUGCCGUGGCACCUUACAGCCCGAUUCCUCCUACCGAGGCUUGUUGUGCUUCGGUCAAGGCUUUGGGCCAGCCCUGUUUCUGCGUGCUUGUAAAUGGGCCUCCAGUUUCUGGUGUUGACCGGACCAUGGCCAUGCAGCUGCCCCAGAAGUGCACUGCAAACUUUGAACCAUGUAAAAACUAUUUGAAAUCAAUUUAA